CAGUUUGCAAAAGAGUCUCAAAGCCAAGCCAUAAGCCCAUAACCAAUUAACCAUCCACAAAGUAAAACUAUUGCCAAAAAAAUAAAAAAAAAUAAAAAAAAUCAGCUUUCUCUAAUAAACCCUAGCCAUUAUUGAAAGAGGAGAAGAAAAACCCUAAACCCCUCUUUCAAUUCGUAGUCUCUUUCUCUCUCCUCAGAAAAGUAGCAGAAAUGGUUGCAAUAGCAGCGAAGAAGAAGAAGAAUGUCGAGAAUUUCAUUGCCAAAAAGACUAAAAAAGAAGAAGCUCCAGUAGUGAAGAACACGAAGAAGAACAAAAUUGAUGAUAUAUUAUCUGGAGAUGAUUCUGAACAAAUUGAUGAAUUUGAAACUGAAAGUGGAAGUUCAUCUGAUGAUUCAGAAGAUGAUAACCAACUUAAGGAUGAUUUUCUUGCUGGAAGUGGAACUGAUAAUGAGGAUGACGAUGAUGAUGAGGAGGAUGAAGAAGGAGGUAAUGAUUUUGAGUCGGGUUCGGGGUCGGAUUCGGAUGAUUCUGAUGAAGAAAACAUUGAGUUGUCGUCGAAAGCCAUUGAUGACAAACGAGCAAGGCAACAGAAGGAAGCAGAUGAUGAAUUGAAGCUCAAUAUACAGGAAGAAACUGAGUUUAGACUGCCAACCAAGGAGGAGCUUGAACUAGAGGCACUUGGACCUCCUGAUCUUCCUAGUCUCCAGAGAAGAAUCAAAGAAAAUAUUCGGAUCCUUUCAAAGUUUAGGACUUUGAAACAAGAAGGGGCGUCAAGGAAAGAUUAUACUGACCUGCUUAAAACCGAUUUAUCUACAUAUUACGGUUACAAUGAGUUCCUGAUUGGGAUGUUGUCAGAGAUGUUCCGACCUGUUGAGUUAUUGGAACUCAUUGAAGCUUUUGAAAAUCCUCGUCCAAUGUGUAUAAGAACUAAUACAUUGAAGACACGUAGACGGGACCUUGCUGAUGUUCUCUUGAACAGAGGAGUGAACUUGGACCCUUUGGGCAAGUGGUCAAAGGUUGGAUUAAUAAUAUAUGAAUCCCAAGUGCCAAUUGGUGCCACUCCUGAAUAUAUGGCUGGUCACUACAUGUUGCAAAGUGCAAGUUCUUUCUUGCCAGUGAUGGCUUUAGCUCCUCAAGAAAAAGAGAAAAUUGUCGACAUGGCAGCGGCUCCUGGUGGGAAAACUACAUAUAUUGCUGCUCAUAUGAAGAACACAGGAUUAGUGUUUGCAAAUGAGAUGAAAAAGCAGAGGCUUCACUCUUUGUCUGCAAAUAUUAGCCGCAUGGGGGUGACGAACACAAUAGUUAUAAACUAUGAUGGAAGAGAGCUAACAAAGGUAUUGGGAGUUAAUUCAUGUGACAGAGUGCUAUUGGAUGCCCCUUGCAGCGGAACAGGGGUAAUAUCAAAGGAUGAAUCUGUAAAAUCCUCUAAAAGCAUUGAAGAGAUACAGAAAUGUGCUCACUUGCAACAGCAACUUAUUCUAGCUGCAAUUGAUUUGGUGGAUGCAAACUCAAAAACUGGAGGAUAUGUUGUGUAUUCAACUUGUUCUAUCAUGGUUAUGGAGAAUGAAGCAGUAGUAGACUAUGCCUUGAAGAAACGGAAUGUAAAACUAGUCUCAUGUGGACUGGACUUUGGAGAGGAAGGAUUUGUCAACUUUAGGCAAUAUCGAUUUCAUCCAUCAUUAGACAAGACUAGGCGGAUCUACCCCCAUAAGCUCAAUAUGGAUGGUUUUUUUGUGGCCAAGUUAAAAAAAGUAAGCAACACAAAUCCCAUUCCACGCUCUGAUGUUCCAUCAGAAACAAUAGAGCAGGAUCUCAAUCUCAAUGACACAGAUGCUGAUGGACAGAAGUCUAAUAAGCGACAAAGAGAUGAUGAUGAGCCACAAGAGACUGAGGAUUUGAAUGAAACUCCCUUGGAUAAUGGUAAGAAGAAACCUUCUUCUAAACUCACAGAGAAGAAAACGACCUCAAAGACAAAUGUUAAGGAUAACGAAAACGAAGUAUCACCUCCAAAAAAGAGGAAGAAAAGGGUCUUUCCAUCUCGUGAAGAAGUUUCAAAAGCAAGGGAAGAAAAGAGAGAAGAGUUGAGGAAAAAGAAGGUAGAAGGCAAGAAGAAACGCGGUAAAUGAUCAUUUGAGCAUACCUCUCAAACCAUUCUGUCAAGAAUGUUGUUUACUAACAUGAUGAACAAAUUCUCUUAUUAGUUCCCAGUUUUGUAUCCAGCUUCUUAAAACCACAAAAGAAAAAUGUUUUGUAUCCAUUUAAUUUUUGUUUCCGUUUUUGUGCAAAAUUUUAGGAGUAAAUUAUGUGUGCCCUUAGGUUAAUGGUAGAAUCAGAGCACAUGUUAUAGAAAAUUUUGUUCAAAACAACUGGAAGGAUAAAUCUUUGAAAGAAUUAUGCUUAUGACAUUAUGGUGUAUUGUAUUAUUCUGAAGUUCUGUAUGAGUAAUUUUUAUUUGAUAGGUC